AUGAGUUAUAGUGAUUCAAGGUCCCAAUCAAAUAACAGCAGUAGCCAAGAUGCAACGUCCGGGAAAUUACAAUACACAGAAAGUGACGAUGAGGGAAGUGACGAAUAUUGCAAGGGUGGAUAUCACCCUGUGAAGAUUAAUGAAAUAUAUAACGACCGGUAUAGAAUAGAAGGGAAAUUAGGAUGGGGGCAUUUUUCAACCGUUUGGGUUGCUACAGACUUAAAAAGUAAACCAUUAAAAUUUGUUGCUAUCAAAAUUCAGAAAGGGUCCGAAUCAUUUGGAGAGUCAGCCAAAUGUGAAAUCAAUUAUUUAAAAACGGUUAAGGCAAAUUCCUUUGAUUCUUCUUGGGUAGAAUUGAAAGAGCAUCAACGGGAAAGGCUCUUUCAUUAUAAUAUGACAAAGGGAGUUGUUUCCUUUAUUGAUAGCUUUGAGCAUAAAGGACCAAAUGGUACCCACGUCUGUAUGGUUUUUGAAUUUAUGGGACCAAAUUUAUUAUCCCUCAUUAAACACUAUGAUUAUAAAGGGAUCCCAUUAAACUUAGUUCGAAAAAUUGCCACACAUGUCCUAAUAGGGCUACAGUAUUUACACGAUGUUUGUAAAAUUAUACAUAGUGAUAUAAAGCCAGAAAACGUGUUAGUAUCUCCCCUGAUGAAUAUUCCUAGACCAAGAGGCUAUAGCAAAGAUGAUGAAGCGCAAAAUGACCUUGUUAAAAAGGAAGAAAAGAAAUCAGUAGGGGAAGGUAGUGGUCACCAUUCCGACGAUGUCGACAAUGAUGAAACCGGGGAAGAUGACCAGUCGUCGUGCCUGAGCGAGGUAAAAGAUAAACACGAAUGGGACAAUGUAGACUUUAACAAAUUAACCAAAGAGGAAAAGAAAAAAUUAAAAAGAAAGAAAAAAAAAUUCUUAAAAAAGGAACGAUUAAAAAUGGAAGCGCAGAAGAUGGAGAAGCAAACCGAUGAUGAGGUGAAUGUAGGAAAUUCACACCAAGGUGGAAAUCACGACAAACUGAGCGGCGCCGAACAGCAAGUUGCGACAUUAACAAUGGGCAGCGGGACAUUAAACGACAACAGCCAUUUGAAGAAGGAAGAUAAUGAACAUUCCAACAGUGCAAUCCAGAUGAAUGUGGAACAUGUGUUAAAAGGUGAAGGUUUGAACAGCGGCAAGCUGAACAAUGUGGAUAGCCAUACUCUCGUAAACACUAACAGCUCCCUCGGUGCCAUGAAGAGCGGUAGCAAAAUCCAGACUACGGCCGCAGGGGAAGCACUAACCUGUAAUAGCAACAACGCACCCGGAGAUAAUAAAAAAAAUGGACAACAAAAUAAUGUAAAGAACGAACUAGACAUUGACAAAGACAACAGUAACAAUAAUAAGAAGUGUUGCAAUUCGAAUCCGCAGGUGUCAGAUGCAAAUGAACCAGCGUGCACAUCGAAAGCCCACGUAGAGGACGAACAAAAGAAAAAUGCACCCAAUGGAGGGAACCGAAAAUUAAAAAAAAAAAAAAAGACUAAUGUACCUCCAUAUGUUAAACAUAGAGUUAGGCCAUCCAACUCGGAUCCAUCCCUUCUCACUAGUUACAACAACAUACAUGCCCUCCAGGAAUCCAUAAUGAGGAAGCCCUACCAUUAUAACAAUUAUUUUUUGUAUAAUCCGGAGAAAUACGGGGAUGACAGGUGUUCGCUUUUUUUGCAUCGUUUGCCCAGCGACUACUUGAAGAAGAACACGUUGGAGGAUAGUGACCACGAUAAGGACCUCGACGAAGAACGAGAUGAUCAACAUGUCGAAGAACAUAACGAAGAGCAGACGCAAAAAAGCGAUACGAGUGACGACAAAAAAUCCGUAGAAGGCCUAGACAAGGAUUUUAACAAAGUCCCCAUUUACUGCGACAUGUUCAAUCACUUGAUGCAUCCAGAAGCCAUGAAAAUACACGACAAGUAUAAAGAGAAAAAAAAAGGAAAGCAUGCAAAAGGGGGUAAGGAUGACACACAGGAGAAUAACAAAAGAGGCCAUAAAGUUGUUUACAUCAAAACAGAGGCGGGAGACUAUCGUAUUAGACCCUACGAUCCAACUGUUUAUUACCAUGAAAAGUCAUGUUACAAAAUCUGUGAUUUAGGAAACAGUCUGUGGAUUGAUGAAUCAAGGUAUGCAGAAAUACAAACAAGGCAAUACAGGUCCCCAGAGGUAAUCCUAAAAUGCGGUUUUAACGAAACUGCUGAUAUAUGGUCCUUUGCAUGUAUGAUAUUCGAAUUAGUUACUGGAGAUUUUCUAUUUAAUCCGCAAAAAUCAGAUAGAUAUGAUAAAAAUGAAGAACACUUAAGUUUUAUGAUGGAAGUGUUGGGGAAUAUACCAAAAUAUAUGAUCGACACAGGGUUCAAUUCUUAUAAAUAUUUUAAUAAGAAAACGUAUAAACUGAAACAUAUAAGAAAUAUUAAGAGGUACGGAUUGUACAAAAUAUUGAAGUAUAAGUAUAACAUACCAGAAAAAGAAAUUAAUCCCCUGUGUAGCUUUUUACUGCCUAUGCUUGCCCUGGACCCUCAGAAGAGACCCUCGGCUUACACUAUGCUCCAGCAUCCCUGGCUCAAUAUGGUAGGACUGGAAGAGGAAGAAAUGCACAUGAAGGAUAUAUCCUACUCCUUCAACAGCAUGAGUGUUAAAAACAAUGGCAAUUAUGAAGGUCACGAAUAUAGUAAGGAGAAUUAUCACAACGAUAAUUAUAACGGCGCGAAUGAGCACACGGACAGAAGCAUGAAUUCUUCCAACAAGCACAACAACGUGCAGGCCAAUUUGAAGGCCCAACAGAACGAUGCGCUAAUGGGGCAAUUCGACGAAGAGUUAUCCAAAAGCGAGGUGGACGAAGACGAAGAGGAGGAAGACGAAUACAAUGAAGAGGACGAAGAAGGGGAGGACGAUGAGGAAGAGGAAGAGGAAGAAGAGGAAGAGGAAGAUGAUGAUGACGACGACGAAGAAGAAAACUACAAUAUUGAAGCUGAGUAUGGUUUUGCCUACAAAAAUGAUCACACCCGUAACGGAAUGGAGAGCAAGGCAACCACACUCAAAUAUGACAAUCUGUAUCAAAAGAAAAAUAACUUACAAGAAAAAUCGAAAUAUAAAAACAUAAACGAAGGGCACAUCCCGGAUUCGUCCAUCAACACGGAGGAUUAUGUGUUGCACAAUGAAAACAUGCCCCACAUUACAUAUAAUAAUGCAAAUAAUAAAAACUCCAUGAAAAAGCCGCCACAGUACCAAGGCCGCAAAAUGAGGAAUUAUGACAAAAUGAGUGGUCAUGUAUUCAACGACGAAGUUGUGAAUUCAGAGGAGGAUAGAGAUUAUCAUCACUACUAUGAGCACCCAGGGAAGUACAAGUACGAUGAGGACGAAGAAACGGAGGACAACGAAGUCGGUCUUCCCGAAGAGGAGGAUGACAUAACGGAUGAGGAAAAAUACAAGGAGACAGAAAAACACCAUGGACACAAAUAUCCCCUCCAGAAUGAUAAGACAACAAAAACGCACAGUAAUCAUCACAAAAGGGUUGAACAUAGUAACUACCAAAACGACAAUGAUGAAAAUAAUUUUUGCGAUGAAGAAAGCCAAGUAUAUUCUAAAGGGGGAGAGGGCUCCUCCGCGCUCCUGACUGGAAAAGGACAAUCAAAGAAAAAAGGAAUUGAAGAGCAUGCAGGACGAGCAGACAUAUUAAUCCCCGUAAAACCAAAGGACAUCAUAAAAGUUGCUAUCCCUCAUGAAAAGGCAAAAUUAAAAGACCAACUAGCGACAUCAAAUAGCCCCAAUUUUAAUGAAAAUGCAAAAAAGGAAUCAACCGAAGUAGAGGAGAAGAGCACUUCGUCCAAAAUUUUCAGCAACGUCGUGAUGAGUGGUAGUAGCACGGGCAAAAAUGUGGACAAGCUUGGCAAGACCGACCAAAAGGAAAAACAGCUAUUGGAAAGGAAAGCACCGGGAACAAAGCGAGAUAAUGAAGGUAAAAUGCCUAAGGAUAACCAGGAUGAUGACAAGGCCAAUAAAAUGAAUUGCAAAGUCAUCAACAAGAAGCCGUUUUGUGCCUUUUCCUAA